CGGAGUAUUACCAUAACUUAGUCUCCACAGCUUACGCUUAGAAACGACAAACCCGCGAGGAACUGAGCGAGAUUUGGGAUUGGGUUCCUCACCGAUUUCGUCGCGGCUGAAGAAGUUGAUUGUAGAGAUCUGCCAACAUUGUUCGCUCUUUUUCAUGGCCACUGAGGCUUUUGUGAAAGCGGUGGUGCCAAAUGGUCAUGAUGGGUAUGACGACGACGAUGAUGAUGAAAUGCCUUUGGUUUUUAAGAGGAGCAGUAAUGUGGCGUCUAAUUCAAAUCAUUCAAAAGCCGAUGCCCGGAAGAGCACGGGGUUUCCUUCCUCCAAGGCCUCACCAAUGAGAUCUCCUUUAACAAGCCCAAACAGAUCUACUUCAUCUUCGUCCGCCAGAACUUCUGUGCCAAAACCAUCAAUGCCGUCAACUUCGUCUGCCAGAACGCCCGUGAUGAAACCAUCUGUGCCGUCAGCUUCAUCUGCCAAGCCACCAGUCUCUGCAUCUUCAUCAGCCAAGCUACCAGUGUCUGCUUCUUCGUCAGCCAAGCCACCAGUGUCUGCAUCUUCAUCAGCCAAGGCACCAGUAUCGGCAUCUUCAUCUACUAAGCUAUCAUCUUCAUAUACUCAAGCUUCAACAGUGAAGUCGCCAAUACGGAAUGACAGAGUCCUUGUUGGUAAGGAGGGGAACCGUCUGUUGAAAGAUCCAUCUGAGUUUAAAUGCGAGGAGGAGGAUUCUGAUGAUGAUAAACCCUUGAGUGCCAGAGUCAAAGGUGAUUCUAACCAGCUUAGUAAAGGCCCAAGUUCUUCUGCACGUGGUAACUCACAGCUACUAGUAGAAAAAAGUAGUGGGAGGCCUCCUUUAGUCAAGUUGAGUAGAAACAUAAAGAAUGAAGAGUUGGAUGAUGAAGCUCCCAUAUCCUCGAAGGUUCAGAUAAAGACCAGUGUGGGGGCAUUGAGUAAAAAACCUAUUCAAAUUCAAGACAAGAAAUCUAUGGCUAACAAAAUCCAUCAGAAUGGUUUUACACCUAAGAGCGAGGGGCGCAAUUCCGAGGCUCCUGCUAAGAGACCACUUGAGAAGGGGAGUUCCUCGGAUCAAUCUUUUGUUAAGAAGCCCAAGCUAUUAGAUUCAUCUACAUCAGUGAAGACUAAGCAAGGUCCAGUUAAAGCAGAUGUGUCAGAUGACAAGAGAAAGAUUCUGAAUGUAUCUAAAUCGGCUAAAGCUGACCAAGUGUCUGUUAAGGAAGACAACUCAGAUGAUGAUGAUCAUGUUCCUAUUGCCAAGAGGAUGAAGCCAGAUUCCUCAACUAAUAAAUCAUCUGCUGUAAAGCCAAAUGUGAAAAAACAGUUGACUUCAUCCAAAAUGAUAACAAGGAAGCCCAACAGCCCAGCGAAAGAUUCGAAAUAUUCAAAAUCUUCAAAAUCGUUACCAUCUGGAGAUGGGCAAAAGAAGUGGACAACACUAGAGCACAAUGGUGUCAUUUUUCCACCUCCAUAUAAGCCUCAUGGAGUUAAGAUGUUGUACCAGGGGAAGCCAGUUGACUUAACUCCUGAACAAGAAGAGGUUGCUACCAUGAUUGCAGUGAUGAGAGAUACAGAUUAUUAUAAUAAACCAACAUUCAGAGAGAAUUUCUGGAAUGAUUGGCAGAAAAUACUUGGCAAGAAUCAUGUGAUUCAAAAAUUAGAUGAUUGUGACUUCACUCCCAUAUAUGAAUGGCAUAUGCGGGAGAAAGAGAAGAAAAAACAAAUGAGUGCAGAAGAGAAGAAGGCCUUGAAAGAGGAGAAAUUAAAGCAGGAGGAGAAGUAUAUGUGGGCUAUUGUUGAUGGUGUCAAGGAAAAGGUUGGGAAUUUCAGAGUUGAGCCCCCUGGGUUGUUCAGAGGCCGGGGAGAACAUCCUAAGAUGGGGAAAUUGAAGAACCGGAUUCAUCCUUGUGACAUUACUAUCAACAUUGGGAAAGAAGCCCCUGUUCCAGAGUGCCCCAUCCCUGGUGAAAGCUGGAAAGAAGUUAAGCAUGACAACACUGUCACAUGGCUUGCUUUCUGGAAUGAUCCUAUCAAUCCAAAAGAAUUCAAGUAUGUGUUCUUGGCCGCUAGCAGUUCUCUAAAGGGUCAAAGUGACAAGGAGAAGUAUGAGAAAGCAAGGAAGCUAAAGGACCAUAUAGGGAGUAUCAGAGCAGCAUACACUAAGAAUUUUAUGAGUAAGGAUGUAACAAAGCGGCAAAUAGCUGUUGCUACCUAUCUCAUCGAUAAGCUAGCCCUUAGGGCUGGAAAUGAGAAGGAUGAUGACGAGGCAGACACUGUCGGUUGCUGUACACUGAAAGUAGGAAACGUGGAGUGUAUUCCUCCAAAUAAGUUAAAGUUUGACUUCCUUGGUAAAGAUUCAAUCCAAUAUGUAAACACAGUUGAGGUUGAGCCUCCUGUUUACAAGGCAAUUGGACAGUUCCAAGCUGGAAAAUCCAAAACAGAUGAUCUCUUUGAUGAGCUAGAUACCUCAAAACUCAAUGCUCAUCUCAAGGAACUUAUGCCUGGACUCACAGCCAAAGUGUUUCGUACAUAUAAUGCAUCCAUCACAUUGGAUGUGAUGUUGAGUAAAGAAACCAGAGACGGGGAAGUGGGUGAAAAAGUGGUGGUUUAUCAGCAAGCAAACAAGCAGGUCGCAAUCAUUUGUAAUCAUCAACGUAGUGUUUCGAAAUCUCACGGGGCACAAAUCGAGAGGUUGGCUGGGAAAAUAGAAGAAUUGAGGGAGCUUCUGGAAGAGCUUAACUCCGAUCUUGACAGGGCAAGGAAAGGAAAACCGCCAUUGAUGGGCUCUGAUGGAAAGAGGAGAAGGAACUUAACCCCAGAAGCCUUAGAGAAGAAGAUAGCUCAGACAAACGCCAAGAUCGAGAAGAUGGAAAGGGACAUGCAAACGAAGGAAGAUAUGAAAACAGUUGCUCUGGGCACGUCUAAGAUCAAUUACUUGGACCCUAGGAUCAGUGUUGCAUGGUGCAAACGACAUGAUGUGCCCAUCGAAAAGAUAUUUAACAAGUCUCUUCUCGCCAAGUUUGCAUGGGCAAUGGACGUUGAUCCUGAAUUCAGAUUCUGAUACUCGUCAGCAGCCGAGAAGAAACCCCAUUUCAUUGCGGCCACUUCCCCCUAACCCCUUCACAAUACAGAGAGAGAGAGAGAGAGAGAGAGAGAGAGAGGAGAGAGAGAGUAGAACAGGACAGGACAGAGAGAAGAAACAAAAGUAUUCUGUUCUCUCUCUGGUUAUAGGAACCGAAGACUGAUCUCUCGGAUGUUUUAUAGAGAGAGGAUUUUAGUUAUUACCAAAAGUUACAAUUUGGAACCAAUUGGACUAAUGCCAUAAUAAAGACGAUCGUUUUAUUCA